AUGACGCGUGAUCGCGAGAUUGGACGCGACGCGCGCGCCCGCGCGCUCUCGCGUCCGCGUCGUCGCCGCACUUCGCGACGCGCCAUGCCACCGAGGCAGGCCACGGUGUGCGCCCAGGGCGCCGAGCGCGCGUUCGAGGUCCCGCGCACGACCCCGCGUGAUGUCACGCGCUCCGUCGUGCCGCCGAUGUAUCCGUCCACGACGUACGCGCGGGAUGAGAAUCAUGAACUUCCAGCGCCGAGCGGACGCGCGCUGUGCUACGCGCGACCGGAUAAUCCCUCCGUGCGAGCGUGCGAGGAGACCCUGCGCGCGCUCGAACGCGGUGAGGACUGCGCGAUGUUCUCGAGCGGGAUGGCGGCGGUGACGGCGGUGUUGGAGGGGACGCUGGGUGACUCGGACGGGACGCGCACGGCGGCGCUCGCGCCGAGACGCGGAUACUUUGCGGUUCGACAAAAGAUCAACGAGUACUGCGCGAGUCGAGGGAUCGAGGUGGUGACGUACGAUCCGAGCUCGUACGCGUGCGAUGUCGGAGACGAGGUGGUGUCGAGCGCGGAUGCGCGGAGAAGGGAAGAGGGGACGUCGCUGUCGCGAACGGCGCGCGCUUUCGCGGAACGGUUCCCGAGUACAGUGUUUGGGUUAAUUUGGAUCGAACCCACGGCGAACCCGACGUGGGACAUCACGGAUAUUGGAGAGGCGAUGCAAAUUGUUCAGGAGCAACGCGGCGUCGGGUGCGUGUGCGUCGACGCGACGGUGUUGACGCCGAUUUGUUGCCAGCCGCUCGUGCAGUUUGGUUGUCACAUCGUCAUGCACUCGGCGACAAAGUACCUGAAUGGACACAGCGACGUCGUCGCCGGAGCCCUGAUCACGAAGGAGUGCGAUGCGACGUGGGAGAAGAUAUUGCACCACAGAAAGAUGAGUGGUCCGACCAUGGGCUCUUUCGAUGCGUAUUUACUUUCUCGAGGCAUGCGCACACUCGACGUGCGCGUGCGUCGCCAAAGUAAAAGCGCAAUGUACAUCGCCGAGCGCUUACAAGAGCUCUUCGACGAAUGGAACGGACCGCGCACAACCCUUCGUGGUAUCGUCUUAUAUCCCGGUUUGCGACGUGGAGAAGCUGUCGGUGGGUGCAGCAGUGAAAGCACGUACGACGCCCAUGCUGAACUUCUGUGCCCAAACGGAGUGUACGGAGGGAUGUUAUCGAUCGUGCUUUACAUAAUGAAUCCUAACGCGAGCGAUAGCAGUAGAGUGCUGAAGACCGCCGAGUUGGCGAGAUUGUUUGCGUCGAAGACGCGCCAUUGGACGUGCGCAACGUCGUUAGGAGGUUACGAGUCGCUCAUAGAACAUCGGUACUCCGUCGAGUGCAAGCCGGGAGAAGUGCAUCCACAUAUUCCACCUGGGUUACUUCGACUCUCUGUGGGUUUAGAGGAUGAACGUGACCUAUUUGACGGGCUUCAACAGUCGUGGACGCACGUCGUCGCUUCGAAUUGA